GUUGGGGACGAAGAACAACGAAGGGCUAGGGGGUGUUGACGCAAUUUCUCUACGUUGAAAAAAAAAAUGUCUUGACGUCCUUUGGCUUUGGAUGAACAUCUUGAAACGCACGCUGGCGUCUUCGCAGCCAUGAACCCCCACUCCACCUCCCCGCGCCGAGAGCACCAGCGGCAGCGAAAUGGCUCUACUACUUUCGCAGCUACAAAAUCAAAAAAGGGCGCAGCUGCUGCCGAAAGGUUUGACAUCGCCACUCCGUCGGACAACGCGGAUGCAGCCCAGGAUGACAAGUUGAGCGAGGGAUCCUUCUACGAUACAUUGGACCGGAUUCGCCCGUCAAAGGAGCCAACGUCGAGCAAAGAAUCCUACCUGGGCAACAACCCAAACGGGCCCUUGCUAGCGUCGCAGCAGGUACUAGAGCCGGAGCGCGUGGCGGUCUUGGGAAGCACGACCCGGCUUCUGCGAAAUGCUAGGAAUAACGCGCAGAGCCCCAGCAGGAGCAGUUGCAGCCCGGCGAGAGGUGGUCGACCGGCGGCGGAUGGUGUCCCACUAGACGCCCGCACCGACGCACCCGUCGUACAUGUGACCACGGUGAACAGUAAUCAGCACCUGCGCGGCGUCACGUCGACCCAACAAGCCGCUUCGUCUUCGAGCGACAGCGACGCGCGGGGACCACAACGAGAUGUCGACGACGAGCUGGGACCGCCACCGUCGCCCAAGCGGAUGAACCCAACGAGCACAUCACGACUGGCGGAAGAUGCCGCUGCUCCUCUUGUAGAACAACCACAUGAAAAUCCUGCACUUUACCACAUGGAAGAUUACUACUACUCCCCCGAAGUUGGCGCUCGACUACCGGUACCGCAUGCUGGUCUCGGUCUGGGUUCGUACCAGGAUCAGGAAGCGGUAAAUUCUGCUUUGCCUAGCAGCGCGUCAAAGACGGUCGACCAGUUGAAACAGGUCGUCAGUCCCACGCUCGGUCAGAUAUUCGAACGGGUGUCGAAGCAAUGGCCAUCCGCGGCGCAAGUUGGGACGUUUUUCUCUGGAACUACACCACAAGAUGGUUGUGGGCCAGAAGACCUACAGAGCGCAGUGCCGACGUCCGGCGAGAAAAAGGUACUGCCUGAGGACUUCAAGCGCGAUAGCAAUGUGGAGGACCACAACAAGGAUAAUUCACUCGUGGAGGAAGAUGCCUACGCCUCGGUUUCGGUGUCCGUAGGAGAAGGCGCUGCAUCAUCGGGAGGACAAUUUCCUCGGCAAGUAGCAACUACAACUAGAACAACUACGCACCGACCCGAAAUUGCGAACGGCUCAUCCUCCGCCCCGCAGACUGCGUCGGAUGGACGGUUUCUCUCUGCGGACGAUCACUCUGUGCAGACGCUCGACUUCGGCCACAACCCCAACAACCAGUCCCACUCUGUCUCCGUUGCCACGGCCUCCCCGGAGCGCCCGCGGGGGUCGCCGGACCGGCCGCGUCCGAGUCUGUUGGGCGCCGCCGCCGUGCAAUCGGUGCUCCAGGACGUGGACGAAGAAAACAGCCUUGUUACCGGCGGGUCUGCCUCCGAGGAAGCAGGCGGUGUCGUGGUAGAGCAAGGCAGCGUGGUGGUGCGCAAUCUAGAACAGGAACUCGCUGCUGUGGAAGAUCAAGAUCACGGAGACGUGGUUGGAGCGGCACCUCAAUUUUCCGCUGGUAGGGUCAGUGAGAAUCUUCAUGAGGAGCAAAGCGCCCCGGUAAGUAAGACUACGGCACGUGCCAGGAAACCCCACGUGUUAAAGAGGAUCGAAGGGCUAGUGGCUCUGGAAAGAAAUGUGCGCGAAGAUGCGAGCGGGAGGACGGUACGGCGAUGGUGGAUUUUGAUAAGUAGCUCAUGAAGACAUGAUGCGAUUUUGUUCGGCUUCAAUACUAGUUUCGCCACUUGAAAAUCUACGAAACGUUUUUAUUUGUUCUAGCUCGCUUUCCUUCGUCACUGCACAACAAGUAAACUUCUUCCAGCAGUCCCAGUCAAAACUUUUUUUCUAAACAAACAAAAGGAUGCCGGGCCCGGUGCCUCAGCCAGGGGCACCACGACUGUUUCAGCUCGGAGUUCUGUGCCCGCAAACCCAAUGUCGUCAUCCGCGCGAAAGGCCAAAACGCCGGCGAGAUACGUGGGCGGAACGCCAGCUUCAGCGCGUAGACCAGAGCUGAAGGACCAACACCCGUCAACAUCUGCUGAAAAGCGCAAAAAGUAUGCCUUCGAGCCGGAUUUUCGCCGCACUAUCGGCACACCAAGCGCUGCACGUGGUGGCAACCAGACCUCCCGCGGCGGCUCCUCGAGCUCUUCUAGCAAACAGUCGCUAAGCACCACCUGCAGUACCGCGCAGCAGAACACAACUACUAAAAGGAGCACGGGCCACGGCCAAGCCAGCACGACGACGCUCACGACCACGGGAGUUGUGCUCGGAUCAACCUCGAACGUGUGCAGCAGUAGCGCCGCGAACAGUUCUUCUUCUAACCCUGUGUCGCGAAACGAAACCCCGCGGAGGAUGUCGAGCGGCCGCGACAACAUCAAGACCCCCCGGCGUAGCGCUGAAGUGGACAAUAGGCCCUACCAGAACCUGAGGCACGUCCACCUGUUGCUUGAGCAGCGCAGUUCCAACAGUCUGAACACCAGUCGCCAGAGUUUGGGCAGCAACGCGUCCGGGCGAAGCGGAGGUGGCCUGUACUACAACCAGCAUCAAUCGAGCAUGACCCUGCUGAAUUCCACGCUAAGCCGUAAGAGUCUCGGGGUUUGCUCCGCGUCCGGCUUGACGAGUGCGUCCAACCGCAGCAAAUACGCGCAGCAGAAGAGCCUGGCGGACCAAAACGCGUGUCAAUCUUCUGCGAAUCCGUAUAAAAACGCUCCGGAAGUCGUGUUUGGGGAAAGUUUGCGCCAGGUUCCGGGCGUGUUAGAGGCGGGGAAGACGAUUCCGCGUAGCAGCGUCGCCCCGACGUUGUCGGAUCCGGUUUACAAUGAUGUCAAGCCGCGCUUUGAAACCAUACAGCAAACACCGAACGAACAGAAGUCGGGAGCGUCGUCAAGUCGGCAACAUUCCAGUACUAGAUCCGUGUCAGGAGUAUUUUCGGGACAGCAGGGGGCGGGCGCCAAAGUGAUGGCGUCGGCACGAGGAGUCGGUGGGCCGGCGAUGUCACCUGCAGCACCGAGUGCCGCCGGGGUAUUUUUUGAUGAUCUACGUACAUUCGUGAUCCUGGUUUUAAAUCAUGAUCAUGGAAGAUGAAGUCAUAGCUGCCAGGCGAUUGGUAUUUGCAAAACUGCAGAAGAGCGGCACGGGCAGUCAGAUCGUGAAAGGAUCACUGGCUUAGCAAUUGUUUGACACAAUGGAGGAGUCGUGACACGGACGACGCGAUUCAUUUUCUUUGUUUUUGUACGCAUCAAUGAAAUUCGUCUCGUCGUUCACGUGUAGAAGUAGCGUCUUUCUCUACAGCUAGAAGAAGAAGUAGAAUCGCAGAAGUGGAAAAUUCGUAAAUGAAACACACAGGAAGCCGGUCUCGCGCGUUUGGCAAUGCGGGUUUGCGACGAGUUGAAGGCUGAGUACGGGACCCUCCAAAUUGCAGCAGUGCACGCUGCUAUGGAGAUGAAAUUGAUUGACCCCCGCGCUCUCGAGAGGUACAUGGCUUCCACCAAAAAGCUGUCCACGACGUCAGCAGCCCCUUCGCCGAUGGAUCAUCACGGAACAAGCACAGCAAUUUUGCCUGGAUCAUCGUUAUCUGGAGGCACUGUGGACGUCCAUCACCAGUUUUUUGGCCAGCAGCUGUCCUCGUCGGCCGUGGAGCAGGAGCUGGAUUUCGGGUACCACGAUGAAGAUCGAAAACUCCAGUUUGGCCCCGCCAAGGUUGAAGUGGAUGCCGAGGUGCAGCUCAGCGAGAGCCUGCCGGAGAUCCGAUUUUCCUCUCGUCACCUGGAAGAAGCCAUGCUAGACGUUUUCCAGCUGGAGGACAUGUUCGGAAACAAGAGGAACUGCAGCCGCCUUUUCCGGAUGGUAUUAAAUAAAGCGGCGCAUCAUGAUGAUGCGCAACAUGGUUGUGUUAUGAUGAAACUACUGGGUUUUUAAUAUGGUUAGUAGGUAGAAGAGAUGGAGUUGAAUCAGCAUUUUUCUUUUUGCUAGUUUCCUUAGUUUGGUGGCUUGAACUUGAUGAUGGUUCUCGUUCUUGUUCGGCAUCAAGUCAAGAUCAGUAAAUCAACACAUACAGAUCGAGCGCACGCAUGGCGAGCGGAAGGGAUACAUUGCGUUGACGAUGUUGGACAGGUACACGCACGAGGUGGUUCGCAAGAUGGAGCGCCAGGCAGAGCAGGACGCAAGAAUAAAUGCAAGCGCAACCGCGGGCAAUAAACCCGGGGUGCUGGUGCGGAAGUCCGCGGGUGAAAAGCACCUCUCCUCGUCCGAAGCAACGAAGUUCGAAUCUUCGCAAUUUAUUUCGGACGAACUACCACCAGCCUAUGGGGAGGGUGUGCAAAGAUACAGUCAGGACCUGUUUCAAAAGUCGCUGCGCACUGGACCUUCGGAGAGGAAAAAGUAUAUAUUCUAAUUUUUUUGAAUCAAUAGAGUGUGAGUGGUCCAGCAUGAGGCCGACCUGGUGACUGAAUGGUUUAGAUGUCGAGACUGCACAUGCUACUGCCAGUGGUGCUAGUAGACUCUUGCGAACAUCAGAUGCGCAGAUGGAACCUGGUGACGGUCAUGACAUGAAAAAUAUUGUGGAACCCUUUACAGUCCUUGGCAAGUAACAAAACAAACAACUACAAACACCAGGAGGCAACAGGCUGCAGUAUCGCAACCACGAGUCCACCAGCGGCUAGCGGCUGAGAGCGAAGUGCAGCCAGAAAUGAUGAAGAACGAGGACACCUCGUACCAGCUGAGUGUCAUCGACGAAGUGGACGACGACGAGUGUCUUUCUUCUCCCGCCCUGACCACGCGGCGAUCUCCAGCGCUCGCAGCGCGACGCGAACGAGAAGGCACGAUGAACCACCCCACGACACAGGCGAGCGAGUUGCAGCCGCAGAGCAAUAAAUCAUGGCAGAAAGCUGUCCCGGAAACCUCGCCUGAGCCGAAUGGGAGAGCAGCUGCAGCUGCUGUGCCUGCGACGACCAGCGCAGCUGUAGUGCCGACCACGUCCCACGGGGGCUCUUCGACCACGAUUGUGGUUCCAAAAGCAAAUGCAAACAUGAGUGCAGGUGGAAGUAGUGGACCUGCUUCAGGAGGUGUUGCAGCUACAAAUAUGCAGCAAGGUAGAUUUUCUUUUUCUAGUGCUGUACGAGGCCCAGCUACUGCGAAACUUCUAGCGCCUGCAUCGACCAGUGGAGGUAGUAGCUCUAGCACGACUUCGACCCCGGGAACAACGAUAAACAAGGCCGGGCCGAAUUCAACUGGCACACUGAUGUCUGCAGUUCGAGGACAGCACGACGUGGUCGCGGGAGCAGUAGGUGGCAGUAGCGGAGGUGCAGCAGCUGCGCCAAAAAUUGUUCAGAAACAAAUGAACCAUCCUCCUGGUGUAGCCGUCCCGGCAGUCUUCGCAGAGACGCUUGCCAAGCAGCGACAAGCGGGUUUCUCGACAAUGACGCAGAUGAAACCGCUCGCAGCUGCACCUUUGCUCUCCGCAAGGGGGGAGCCGCCAGGAGCAUCGCGCCAACUACAAGAACAGUCGCGACAGACAGCGAACAAUCAGCUGGUUCAGCGCCAAAUGUCUGCUCCCUACAGUGGUCUGCGAAUUCAGAUGCCGGUCCUCAACACGACUGCCUUCGUCAUGCCGCCGAAGCCGUGAUUGCAGCGAGGUAUACAACUGAAUAUCAAUAUACAGCUGGCGACGUGGUUCACAAUGCUGUACAAAAGUAAAUGUACAUCAAUCUGACUUGUUUCAGUUUCGAAUUUUAGGUAGUAGUUUUGCAGAAUAGUUUCAUCAUGAUCAUGAUAUUCACAUAAAAGAAAGUAUAGCUUGGCCAUUUUUUCAAUAUUUCAUCAUCAUCAUCAUAACACCAGAGAGAAGCAGAACAUUUUCAAAUAUCAGCAUGCACAUCGGUUUUUUGAUAUUUUUUAACGAAACACAAACGAUUUAUAUUAUCAGCCCUGGUUAGGUUUACUUUUUUUGUUUUCCAAAAUUGUACAUUUUAUUUUUAGUUUUUAUCCGUCGGGGUCGCUAGUUCCAGUGUAAGAGGUAGAGGAGGUCAAUCAUAGUUGUAUCAUUACUUUUUGGGCUAUAGUUCUGUACGCAGUAAACCUACACUUCGCACUUUUGUCGGCCGUUGUCGUGUACAAAAUCGAAAAACAUGUUUCAGCGGAAAAGGAUUGGCAACGUUAAUUGGAAACGGCAAUAUUUGGAUUUAUUUGAUGAACGUCCUCGCAAUUAUAAUUGUGCCAUUGAAGAAUAGAAAUAGUUUUGCACUUCUAGUUUAC